GAAAACAAAUCCGCAAAUUAAAAGAAUAUAUGAUCAAUGCGCUGUUAAAAAAGAGUAUGAAAUGCUGAAGACCAAGAUCCUCCCUAUGUUCCCUCCGGUUUUCCAUAAAUGGUUCUUGACGACGUUUUCUGAACCAGCUGCUUGGUUUAGGUCACGUGUAGCUUAUGCUCACACCACAGCAGUUUGGUCCAUGGUUGGGCACAUUGUUGGACUUGGUGACCGUCAUGGAGAAAAUAUCCUCUUUGACUCUACUUCAGGUGAUUGUGUUCAUGUAGACUUCAGUUGCUUAUUUGACAAAGGCUUACAACUGGAGAAGCCUGAGUUGGUGCCAUUCAGAUUGACCCAGAACAUGAUCGAUGGUUUGGGCAUCACUGGAUAUGAGGGCAUCUUCAUGAGGGUAUGUGAAAUCACUCUCACAGUGUUGAGGACACAUAGGGAGACAUUGAUGAGCAUACUGGAGACAUUCAUCCAUGAUCCUCUUGUGGAGUGGACAAAAACACACAAAUCAAGCGGAGUAGAAGUUCAGAACCCACAUGCUCAGCGGGCCAUAAGCAGCAUUGAAGCCCGGUUGCAGGGCGUGGUUGUUGGUGUUCCACUACCGGUAGAAGGUCAGGCUCACCGGUUGAUUGCUGAUGCAGUCUCACUUGAGAAUCUUGGGAAGAUGUACAUCUGGUGGAUGCCCUGGUUCUGAUGAAAAUCUCUGAACCCCGCUGUUGGUUGCACGCUACACCAGUUUGCAUAAUACCACUUAUGUUAAUACAUUGCAGUGACCCAUGGAAAUCAGGAGUAUAUGAUCCUAGGAGUAUUUGAGUAGAAACACCUUCCCGAACGGAGAGUUCAUGUAGCUAGGCUAAUUCUAAUUAUUAUAGUGUUUUUUAUUUAUUUUGCUGUACAAAAAAACUUUUUGAUUAACCAGGUUUGAUGACAUGUGGCUACAUAAGAUUGC